AAAAAAGUGAUUAAUUUUGUAAGAAAUUUAAUCAAAAUGAGUUCAAGCAGGAGAGCGUGGAUUGCAGCAGCCAGUGUUGGAGCAGUGGAGGCUUUAAAAGAUCAAGUUGGAUUGUGUAGAUGGGAUUAUCCAUUGAAGUGUUUGGCACAACACACAAAGAAUAACAUGAGAUCUUACUCUCAAGCUAAGAAACUUUCUUCUUCUCUGAUUGCAAAGAGUGAAAAGACAGAGCAAUCUGAAGAAUCUCUGAGAAAAGUUAUGUAUUUGAGCUGUUGGGGUCCAAAUUGAAGAUUUUA